CAGAGUAACAGCAUCACUUCACAGUUUGCAGCUCUCACGUAAACUCAGGAUGUCCGGGUUUGAUCUGUUUGAUGCUCUUGACGAUUCGAACAGUGGAUCAGCAUCUGGAUCCAAUCAGUCGUCCGGCCAAGGUCAGCCCACAAGUUCAGCGGGUAUAUGGCCGGAAGGUCAGUCUGGAGGUGGAGGUCCAUGGCAGGGAGGCGGGGGUCCAUGGGGAGGAAACCAGUCAGGGGGUGGGGGCAUGUGGCCUGGGGCUGGUGGAGGAGGAUCGAAUCCUUCGCCUGGAGGAUGGCCGAGUCCUGCACCUGCCUCUGGACCUGGACCUGCACAUGGGGGAGGUUCCACGCCUGCAUCUGGACCUUCACCCCGCCAGAGUCUGUCAGUUCCGUAUCGACUGAAUCUACGUAAUGGAGUUUACGACGGACUGCUCUUUGUCAUUAAAGGAGUCAUCAAACCCAACGCCAACAGGAUCACAAUUGACAUGUGCACCAAAGGGGACAUUGCCUUCCACUUCAACCCCCGCUUCAACGAGGGCGGUCAGCAGGUGAUUGUCAGGAACAGCUGCCGGAAUAAGAAGUGGGACAAAGAGGAGCGAGAGCUGUCAGGAUUUCCCUUUGUUCCUGGGCAACCGUUCGAGAUGGAGAUCUUGUGCACCUCCUCCGACUUUAAGGUGUCCGUCAACCGCUCCCCACUGCUGACUUUCAGACACCGCAUCUCUGACCUGAGGUCCAUCAGCACCCUCUGCAUCUACUACGACCUCGACCUGAUCAGUGUCGACCAGAGGACUCAGUAGAGAGAAACAGCCAGGGUCUCCCAGACGUCCAGGAGAGACUCGGCAGAGAGCUGCUGGAGAUCCACAUUAAGAACCCACAGAUGAAAAUAACAACUACUGAAACAGUGUUUACUCUAGAGACACGAUAUGAGACACUUGCAAAAUAAAGUUUUAAGAAUUCAAUUUGAGAUUCUUCAUCAACAAAGAUCAACUGAAUUUGUCACAGAGAUCAAUCUGAGCUGUACGAGACAUCUUUCAGAUGGAGGUCCUUUUCAUUUAUGAAAAAAAAAUCUGUAAGAUUCACAAGCAAUCUACUGGGAAUCUGGAGAUCUAUCUACUGGAAACCCUGAGUCCACCAGAGACCUGCUGGGGAUCUACCAAAGACCUGAUCUAAAAGAGUUCUGUGAAGAACCUCUAACAUUGUAGGUCCCUUAAACAAACACAAAGAGAAACGUGAUUCCGUCUGUCGGAGCUCUUCUACAUCUUUAAUUUUCACUUUUGUGAUCGUAGUUUUUUUUUACUGACAGCAAGAAACAUUAAAGAAAUAUUAAAACAACAACAACAACAAAAAAAAAUCCGUCUGUGUAUUUCAUGUGUUCUUUUAAUGUGAUUUGUGAGUUGUGACCACUGGAUGACUCUGGAUUUGACAGGAAGACGUAUCAGUUCUUCACAAGAGUGGAACUCUGAGGGUAAAUGUUCUCGAUUCACUUAAAACCAUCAGUGGUGGCCGGUACGGUGCUGUUGGCUGUUUUGAGGGAAAAGCUGCGACGUACAUAGUGAGAACUUCAGAAAUACGGCAAACGCUGUGGUGCCAGACACUCUGAAGCAUUAACCUCAGAAAGCUUCAAAAACGUAUCGCGACGACGCCGCAGGGGGGAGUGUAGGAGUGUGGGGGAGUGUUGCACUGACAGGUUGGGGUUAAAAAGGAGGAUGUGGCAACACACCUGGAUGCUGUUAG